GACAUUUUUCACAGCUAUUUCAGGGACAUUCUGUUGAUGCCAUAUAUGGGGCAUAAUGGAGAUUCAUCUGGAGCCAUUGACUUGGCAGCUUUGUGGCAGUCCAGGAAACUGACUGAAGAGGAUGAAGAUGAGGACAGCAUGGGAGAAGAGGAUGUCAGUUCUGAUUUCAGUGGCAAGGACAUGGUCUCACCCCUGGACGAUGAUGGCGACUUCGAAAUGCUUUCACCAUUUGCCCAGAAACCCGUUUCUCUGGAAGAUGGUCCUUACCAGCGCCUGGAAAGAAUGGACGUGAAGAAACCCGGGCCAGAAUUUGACCUUUCAAUCCCACUGGAACCCCCGAAACACGGGAAACACCAUAAUCACCAUCAGGUCAUUCAUCAUCAGGUGCACGUUCAUGAUGACGACCACAAUGACCUCCAAGUCUCACCAAGCGCAAAACACAACAUGCUCUUCCAAGACAUUCAAAAUGAUGAUCAUCAAUUCGCACGCCCAUCUGGAAAGCAGGAGAUCCUCAAUAAGUUGCCACCACCAGUGAAGCCCAAGAACCAACUAUUUCGGAAAGAUUGGGGCUUCCUCCAAAUCACAAGACCGUUUGCGGACAUUUUGGAAGGAAGACGAUUGGUGGCUUCUCUGGAAAGACUGCUUCGAUUGGAGCCUGGGACUUUCACUGAAGCCAGGGUUGAAAACAACCAGGUUAUGUUCAAGGUGAACCCUAACCCGCAGCGGAUGAAUGUCACGGAUAUCAUUAUUGGAGCAGAUAAAUUCCAAGAGGCCAUCAAGAAUGAUGUUGGAGUGGAGCUGGAAUCUGGAGGAAUUGGGGAUGAGAUAAAAAUUACGUGGAAGGACUACUUGCCAACUGCACAAGAGAGGUUGACGUUUAUGGGCCUGUGUUUGGCAGCUUCUACUGUAGCAUUGAUGACAACUGGGUUCAUACUGUACGCGUUACGACGGCGCUGCCAGAGCAACGACAAACUUCACUUCUCCAGGAAUGGUGACCAUGAGGCCAGCAGGGAUUAUCAGGAUUUGUGCAGAGCAAGGAUGGCUACAAAGGCUCAAGAGAAACCUGAGCCCUUGCAUAAAAUCAUCACUGGCUGCAUCAGGGAUGAUGGAACUGGUGGACAGUCUCAUCAGGGUGUGACUGGAUCCCCUCACUCCUCAAGAUCCUCCACAUCAUCCUGGACUGAGGAGCCUGUUGCUUCUAAUAUGGACAUCUCUACUGGUCACAUGGUUCUGUCUUACAUGGAAGAUCACCUGAAGAACAAAGACAAGUUGGAGCAAGAAUGGCUGGCAUUGUGCGCUUAUGAAGCUGAUCCAUCCUUCACCACUGUGGCAGACAAGACUGAGAACAAGAAGAAAAACAGGGACAAGGUAGCUGUUCCAUACGACCAUGCCAGAGUAAUCUUGAAUGACCUCUCCAACAUUUCGGGCUCGGAUUACAUCAAUGCUUCCACCAUUACGGAUCAUGACCCGAGGAACCCAGCUUAUAUCGCGUGUCAGGGCCCGAUGGCAGGAACAGCAGCUGACUUUUGGCAAAUGGUCUGGGAACAAGGCAGUGUGGUCAUUGUUCACUUGGUUUCUGAACACAUCUGGUGUGAAGAUUACCUUGUGAGGAGCUUCUAUUUGAAGAACUUGAAGACAGGAGAGACCAGAACUGUCACUCAGUUUCACUUCUUGAGCUGGCCCUUGGAUGGUGUGCCCGGUUCCACCAGGGCCCUGCUGGAAUUCCGCAGGAAAGUCAACAAGUCAUACAGAGGAAGAUCUUGUCCCAUCAUUGUCCACUGCAAUGAUGGUUCCGGCAGAACUGGGACCUACUGCCUGAUCGACAUGGUACUCAAUCGCAUGGGCAAGGGCGCCAAAGAAAUCGACAUCGCCGCCACGUUGGAGCACAUCCGUGACCAGCGCCCUGGCACGGUCAAGACCCGAGGCCAGUUUGAGUUCGUCCUCAUGGCCGUCGCCGAGGAAGUCCACGCCAUCCUCAAAGCCAUGCCGCAAUGAGAGAGACAAGUGCAGCCAACCUAUCAACCAGCACUGGCAAAGUAUAAAUACUAUGUCGCCCUCCUCCUUCGAGCGUCGCAACGGAGAAAAAACUGCAAAAUAAGGACUCGGAACGCCUCCACCAAAAAAAAAAAAAGCCCCCACAACCAAAAGAACUCCUUUGAGCUUCCGUCAGUGAACUAAACACCGCACCGAAGAAAGGAAGAAAGAAAAGCGUAUUGCCAUCCUGAGUUUUUCCCUGCGAAUUUAUUUUCCUGCUUCACUCAUCAGCAUCGCGGCUCUUUUAUUUUCGAGAGGAUCGGAAUAAGUCCGGAAAGAAAAUGCAGAGAAAAAAUUUUGUUUGGCGUCAGAAAAAAAAAAACAGAGAGAGAAAACAAAUCUAUGUGUGCGUGUAUAUAUAUAUAUGUAUAUAUGUGGCGAAAAGAGAAAACGGUGUGAGUUACCGGAAGAAGGCGUUUUAUCCGUUGGAUGUCGCUGCUUUCAAAAAAAGGAAAACUAAGGUGUUUCUCGCGGACAAGUUUUAGCGCAUUUUAAAAAAGAAUGGGGAAGAAUUGUGUCUGUUAUUAGGAGAUCGUUGUGGCUUUUUCCUGGCUGUUCUUUCUCUCUGUUUUUCCCCAUACUGGACACAUUCCCACGACCGAAGCGAAGAGAAACCGAGAGAAGAAGAAGAAGAAGAAAUUGUAUUAUUGCAAGAAAAAAAACCAAAGGGAAAAAAAUGUAGUCGCUUAUUUGUCGCGGACUCGCAGAAACAAUACGGCGGAAUGAAAAGUCUGUAAUUUGAGAUUUGAGCUGAAUAAAGUACGAAAAAACUGAAAUCAACUGCGAACCGGUCCUCAAAAAAAAAAAAAAAA